CCAUGACGCACAUGUAGAUUGCCAUAUUAAUAAUUAUAGCUCGAGGCAAGACUACAUGCACCAGAAACUCGAUUUUGACAAUCAAAGAUGUCUGUACCUAAGGAAAACAUGAAGAUGGCCAAACUGGCUGAAAUGUCAGAGAGAUAUGAAGAUAUGGCACAGUACAUGAAAGAGGGUAUUGAACUAGACCCGAACACCGUUUUAGAGCCAGACGAGAGAAAUCUUCUAUCUGUUGCCUACAAGAAUGUGGUUGGGCAAAAGAGGUCUGCAUUUCGAUGUUUGACAGGAAUCUCUGUUGACGAAAAGAAUGAGCAAAUACGUUUGGAUUACAUCAAAACAAUUGAGAAGGAGCUGAGAACAAUAUGCAAAGAAGUUGUGGACCUUGUGGAACAGUUGCUGAAAGCUCUGACUGGUGAAGAUGUUGAGGGGAAGGUGUUUUUCUAUAAAAUGCAAGGAGACUACUAUCGCUACCUGUCCGAAGUUGCUCUGGCAUCUAAAAGCGAAGACGAACAAGAGCUGAAAAGCAACUCUGAGGCGGCGUAUAAGGAAGCUUCUACUCUGGCCACCAAGCUCAAGGCAACUCACCCCGUUCGUCUAGGCUUGGCUCUCAAUUUCUCUGUCUUUUAUUAUGAAAUCUGUGAAAAAUCAGCAGAAGCCUGUGAACUGGCGAAACAGGCCUUUGAUGAAGCCAUUGGUGAACUGGACCAACUCCAGGACGACUCGUACAAAGACAGCACGCUUAUUAUGCAACUGCUUCGAGACAACCUCACACUCUGGACGGCUGACAGAGAUGAAGAGGAGAAAGACACUAAGGGCGCUGGCGAUGAAUAGACUCAAUGAUAUAAAAAUGCCGUUUCUUUGCUAGAACAGAACAAUUUUAUGAUUGUACAAUUUACAUGUAUCAUAGAUUUUUAUGUCACAAAAAUGAUUUAUAAUUAUAUUGAAUAUCAAUG